AUGGGUCUUCUGGAGAAGUUCCUCCCCAAGGAGGACCGCUUUGCGGCUCUUCUGCUUUAUGGCAUGAUCUUUAGUACCUGCUUCAAUGGCUACGACGCGGGUAUCAUGACUGUGAUCCUCGCGGACGAGCAAUUUACAGACUACUACAGCAUCGAUGCCGACAAGCAAGGUCUAGUUGCUACCAUACCAUGGGCCACGACCGGACUCGCACAGCUUUUCGUCGGUGGCAUGUUAGCGAGCUGGCUUGGGAGAAUCUGGGCAUUGAGGAUCUCGAUCCUGUUUAUGUGCUUGGGCGUUGUUGUCCAGGCCGUUCCGAACACCUACACCGUGCUCAUCGUUGGCCGACUCAUGAACGGUCUGGGCUUCGGAUGCGUAUACAUCGCCUCAAAUCUCUACGUCGCCGAAUGCUCCCCUCGCAAACUUCGAGGAAGUUUUGUCGGCACUGUAUCGCAAUUUGGAUAUCAGCUUGGCACUCUCAUAGCUUUCUGGGCUGGAUAUGGAAUGUCUUUCCACAAGUCGCCAUACAACAUCGCUUGGAGAGUAUCGAAUCUCAUCCAGAUCCCGAUCGGAUUGAUGUUUGUCGUUUUGACAUACUGGUAUCCUGAGAGUCCACGCUGGGUGCUCUCGAAGCAUCCUGAUGACCCCUCGCGAGCGUUGAACAUUCUCGCCAGAUUGCGGUCGGGCUCGCCUUCUGAGCCUCGCAUCCAAGCCGAGUUUCACGAAAUGGUCGCUUCGCAUUCCUAUCUCGUCAGCAAAGGCUCUGAGACAGGCUAUACUGCUCUGCUUCGCAACCCUGCUAUGCGCAAACGCUUGGCUUAUGGAUUCUACGCCAUGGCCUUGCAGCAAUUUGGCGGCAUUGCGGCCUUGACAAUGUACGCCACCUUGAUCUACAAAUCACUCGGCUGGGACGAUGGCUCCCAAGCCUUGGCAAUCAACGGCAUCCAAGCAGUCCUUCAACUCUUUAUCGUCCUGGUGAACACUAUCACUGUCGACAAAUUCGGACGAAGACAACUUCUCAUUGCCGGCUUUACCAUUCAAUCUAUCGCCCUACUCAUCCUCUCCUCAUUGACUACAAGCUUUCCCACGAACGAGAACAAAGCCGCCGCCGUGGUCGAAAUCGCAAUGUUCUUUAUCGUGGGGCUUACGUACUGCUGGAGCAAUGGACCUAUUCCACCUGCGAUCGCGAGCGAGAUCUUCCCGCAACAUGUUCGCGAUAAGGGAUUUGGACUCUCGUUGUUAGGGCAGACAAUUUGUCUGAUCGCUCUGACACAGCCAUGGCCGAGGUUCAACGACGAAGUUGGACAAAAGAGUUAUUGGUUGUUGUUUGCGUUGAAUGUCGUGGCACUGUUAUCAGUGAUUACAAUCUUGCCAGAGACGAAAGGAAUCAGUCUGGAGAGAAUGGACAAGAUAUUUGGUCAAGUUGAUGCAGUUGAAGGCGGAGAGCAGGAAGAUGGUAAAGAGGUAAAAGAGAUGGAAGUGAAAGGGUUCGAGCAAGCGGACGUCUCUGGUGAUAUCGAGAAAACGAGGGCCGUGGACCAUGUCGAGAUUGAUACGAAGGCAUCAUAG